UAUACAGACAUUCGCGCAGAUCCCCCGUUUCGGGAACAUUGCUCUGCUGGUCCUCCCGUUUAAGCGCAUUCAAUUUUUGAGUCUCUCCUUCUUCUUCUUGCAUAUUCUAUUAGUUGUUGGUGUUUUUUUCCUUUUCUUCCUUUUUUCAUCUUUUUUCCUCUUCGUAUCUCCAUUCCUCCUGCCGGAGAGAGGUGAAACUAUACAUGGGCACUUCAUUUGCCGACGCGCUUAGCUUUCGCUGCCGGGCGAGAUGAUGAGGUUUAUUUAAGAAUAUAGAUGUAAAAAUCCAGCUCUUCAGUCUGUCCUCUCCUCCUGUGCGGCGAAGACGGGAGCGUAAAGGAGCAAGGGGAAGAAAAGAGAAAGGAAUUUAUCUCCGCAGCACUUUGGAUCGCGUGUCUUUCCAGCAAAAAGGUCUCCUUUUUUGACUCGCUCCUGCGUCCAUGUGAAGCGCUCCUGUUUUUUCCUUUGUGGCUAUUUUAUACCAAGCUGCAAUUUGUUACGACUGGACUCGGGUUUUCCUACAAGAUUAGGGAUUCCUGAAUGGCUGACUGCAAUUUACCUUGGAACUGGCCUCCCGAUACUUGCAUAUCCUGAUCGAGUGCCUCUUCAAUCGCCCUCCUGUUAUUUUGAAUGCAUUGAUCGCGCUCUACUCUACUGCUUCAUACCCCCAUAUGAGAUUGCGUGCUCUGAUUUGACUUUGCACUGCCCCGUCUUUUGAGAUCUAUAUUAUUUUUUUCUUCUCCUCAACGCUCCAGUAACACCGGCGACCAUUUCGCUUUAUAGCACUUUCCGUGGCCGAGAUAUGGCAAUGGUAGUUAGCGUUUGGCGAGAUCCGCAGGAAGACGUGGCCGGAGGACCUCCGAGCGGUCCCAACCCAGCAGCGCAGCCGGCGAGGGAGCAGCAGCAGGCGGCGUCGGCAGCGCCGCACACUCCGCAGACCCCCAGCCAGCCGGGACCCCCGUCCACACCGGGGGCCGCUGGGGACAAGGGGAGUCAAAAUUCUGGACAGAGUCAGCAGCAUAUUGAAUGUGUGGUUUGCGGAGACAAAUCGAGCGGCAAACACUAUGGCCAGUUUACCUGCGAGGGAUGCAAAAGUUUCUUCAAGAGGAGUGUACGGAGGAACUUAACAUACUCAUGUCGUGCCAAUAGGAACUGUCCCAUUGACCAGCACCACCGAAAUCAGUGCCAAUACUGCCGGCUGAAGAAGUGUUUAAAAGUGGGGAUGCGCCGGGAAGAGAGAAGGCGGCGAAUGCCUCCAACUCAACCCAACCCAGGCCAGUACGCGCUGACGAACGGGGACCCACUGAACGGCCAUUGCUAUCUGUCCGGAUACAUCUCGUUAUUGCUGAGGGCCGAGCCCUACCCGACCUCCCGGUACGGGAGCCAGUGCAUGCAGCCCAACAAUAUCAUGGGCAUCGAGAACAUCUGCGAGCUGGCAGCUCGUUUGCUCUUCAGCGCCGUGGAGUGGGCGAGAAACAUCCCUUUCUUCCCCGACCUGCAGAUCACCGACCAGGUGUCCCUUCUCAGGCUGACGUGGAGCGAGUUGUUUGUGCUUAACGCGGCCCAGUGCUCCAUGCCUCUGCAUGUGGCCCCUCUGCUCGCCGCAGCUGGCCUCCACGCCUCCCCGAUGUCCGCGGACCGCGUCGUGGCUUUCAUGGAUCACAUCCGGAUCUUCCAGGAACAAGUGGAGAAGCUUAAGACGCUGCACGUCGACUCUGCAGAGUACAGCUGCCUCAAGGCCAUCGUGCUGUUUACAUCAGAUGCUUGUGGCCUCUCGGAUGCUGCUCACAUCGAGAGCCUACAGGAGAAAUCCCAGUGCGCUCUGGAGGAGUACGUGAGGAGCCAGUACCCGAACCAGCCCAGCCGCUUUGGGAAGCUCCUUCUGCGUCUGCCCUCUCUGCGCACCGUCUCCUCAUCGGUAAUUGAGCAGCUGUUCUUCGUCCGCUUGGUAGGUAAAACUCCUAUUGAAACCCUCAUCAGGGAUAUGCUAUUAUCCGGGAGCAGCUUCAACUGGCCUUACAUGUCCAUCCAAUGAUCCCUAAUAUGAAAGUGGAAAAAAAAAGAGAGUGAGAGAGGAAAAAAGGACCAAAAUUCAGCACCCCCUCACCCCGUCCUCCUCUUCCUCCUCCUACUCCUACAAGAAGACUAUAUAUAGGACCUUUUCUGAACAAACUUGGAAGACAUUACUUUUUUCUGUCUUCUGUGACUGUGAUGGAAUACAUAAUGUACAGAAAAAUAUUGGAACUGGACUUUACACCUGUGUAAAUCCGCCCCGUCAUCUUCAAGAACAGUACUCUUCAUUUUGUAAAAUACUAGUCUUUAUUUUCCUUUUUUUUUUUGUAAAAAAUACAAAUAAAAUGAAAAACAUCAUAUGCGCAUUAAGAAAAAAAAAAAGAAUCAAGACUUAGCGGGAAAAUAAUGUUUCCAAGCAAUUAUAAGAAUUGUCCUGUGUCUAUGUACCUCUCUGUUUUGUAUUUUUUCUGGUUCUAAACCAGGGUUUCUGUGAUUCUAUACUAAUAAUUUUUUGAUAUAACCUUUUGCUUCUUAUAAUGAGUGCGAUAUAUGUUGUCGAAGCUAUGUUCUCCAAGAAUUAAAAUUGAAGUGAGGAAUUAAAAACAGAAAAAUAAAGAAAUUUAGACAAAUAA